AUGGCCACGUCCACGGCCACGGCGAGCUCUGGCGCUGCCAACCCCGGCGCCGCUGCCAUCCCCGACUGGUCCCAGCUCGACUUUGCCCGCAACUGCUCCGCCUACGGCCAGUGGCUCGCCGCGUUCAUCGCGCCCAACCCGUGGAACCCGGCCGAGGCGCUGGGCGGCAGCAUCCCGCUCACCAUUCUGCUCGUCAGUAAACGCCCUGCCGCCGGGCUGGAUCUUCAACGCGACCGUGGGCGGCAGCGGCGGCAACUGGACGCAGACGGUCGACUCGCCGGCGGGCACGGCGUACUUUGGCGUCGUCACGCAGUGGCUCACGAGCCACCUGUUCCACACCUACAACGCCACCAGCGGGCAGUGGAGCGUCGACCCGGCCUUUGUCGACAAUGUGAUUUGGGCGCCGGCCGACAAAUGCCAGCGCGAGUUUGCAAGGCGAUUGCCUUCACCGGCAACGCGGACCUGGCGGGCAUCGGCGUCGUGAUUUCGUACUACAUUGAGGCGUCGCUCACGACGCUGUACCUGUUGGUGUUUACCGCGUGGCGGAUCAAGCGCUUUGUGCGCGAGCAGCGACAAGGACGACGACGACGCUGUGCAGGGGCCCUCGCCGUCGAGCAGAGCAAGGUGACGCAAAAUCCACGAGGACAAGGACGAGGACGAGAACGCGGACGACUGGCCCGCGCCGGCCACCGGUGCUUCGACGCCCUCCGCGGCAGUUUGGACGGAUUUCUCAUGGCCGCCGGCGUGCUCGCCAUCGCCAUCCUCGUCGCCGCCCUCGUCGUGGAAGCCUUCCACACCAACGAGCGGCGCCGGCACCCGGUCAAUUCCCAAAACGUUCCCAGCGGACACGCCCUGUACGACUCGGCACUGGGGCUCCUGGUGGGCCUCUUCGCCGUGUUCCCUCCCGUUGUGCUCUACGCUCUCCUUCCGCAGGAAGACGAGUGGCCCCGUCUCCACCACCACCACCACCACCACCACCGCAAAGGCCGCCGCACGUGGCUGCGCCGUGCCGUCCUGGUCGUCCUGUGGGCCCUGGCCGCCGCCGUCGUCUUUCUCGACCCCCCCAGCGAGCUCGACUUCGCGUACCAGGGCCGCGUCGCCGACUCCGACGACAACUUUGCGGCCGUGCUUUAUGCGUGCGACCAGCGGGGAGGGCUGGCGUACUGGCAGGCGCUGGAGGCGUUGAAGUACUUGGUGAUUGGGGUGCUCGUGUUGUGGCUGGCGAUGACGCUGGGUGUGUAUGUGCUGACAGGGUGGCGGCCGUGGCGACCGUGGCGUGCCGCGCGAGGACGAGGGCGAUCCGAUGAGGGCGGGAGACUUGAGAAGCAAGCCGCAAGCGAGGAAAUGGAAUCCAAAGACGGGCGAGCCGUAGGCGAGGAAAAGGAAACCAAAAUCGCGCGAGCCGCAGGCGAGGAAAAGGAAACCAAAAUCGGGCGACCCGCUGGCGACGACCAGAAAAGCCUGCUGGCCCGCAUUGGCCGCCCCGUCUGGCGGCACAUCGUGGCCUGGCUGGCGUGCCUCAUCAUGUGGAUGCUCCUGCUGUACCUCACGGAGCUGCGGCACAGCAUCGUCGACGUGGCGGACGGGCUGGACAUGGAAAACAAGUGGGCCAUUGGGCAGGUGCUGGCGAUUGCCACCUGGGGCCCCGUUGCCGUCGAUUUUGGCUUCUUGUUGAUCUCGUUAGUCGGCAUCGAGGCAGGCUUGGGGAGCCGACUGCCGCUGGACUUUGCCAUCCGGCAGGUGGGUUCGACGUCGUCGGUGGACUCGGCGGCAGAGGAGGACGAGGACGAGACUGGGGCAGCAGCAGCAGCAGCAGCAGCAGCAGCAGCACAAGCCAGGGGAUCCUCGCCCGACCGGGCCAACGCCAACAGCGUCCACAACAGACGCCGCAGUGCCAGCAGUGCUAUCUGCCGACAAACGUCGAGCAGCACAGCCGAAACGGUCGGCAACGACAAGACGAGCGUUGUGGGCAAAUGCGACUGCGGAGAACCUGUAGCACCUCUAGCGCUUUCCAUGUCGUCGGCGUCCUCCUCGGCGCCAUCUCUUCUUCUCCGCGCACAAUCAUAG